AUGGACUCGAGCUUUAAAUAUUUUAAAUUACAUUUACAGGGGCGUUUUAGGUAUCAACCAGGUCAGGUUAGAGCCUUUGGAAUGAUAGCUGGUGGAUCUGGCAUCACUCCGAUGUUUCAGGUUGUUAGAGCUGUUCUUGAAAACCCUUCAGACAAGACAAAGGUGCAUCUCGUCUAUGCUAAUGUCAUGGGUAAAGUUGGACCUGGCGGCCAUCCAUCUGCGAUGGAAACUGGGACGAAGUUUUACAUAUCAAACCUUGAUUACAGUAUCUCGAAUGACGAUAUUAAGGUGAUUGAUACUUUCUUUUUAUCUCUUAUAGCUAACUUUGGCUAG